AUGGAAAACCCAUUCCUCGCCUUUCAGCAGUACUUGUCCGGGGUUUCCGGCCUCGAUCUGGAAAGUACAAAAAUCCUCACAUGUCUCGUGGUGUCAUUUCCAGCAAGUGCAAUCUUCAAAAGACUCCCGGAUAAGAACAUCUUAUUGAAAAAUGUAUACAUUGUGGCGGUGAGUGCCAUUUUUAUCGCCUUCAUCCUCCAGAUCAGAUCCGGAUUCUUCAUCCUCUUGUUUAAUUCGAUGUUCACUUACGUCAUCACGCGCUACUACCGGUCUCCGUUGAUGCCCUGGGUAAACUUUAUAGUGUUGAUGCUUCUCAUGUGUAUGAGCCACUUGAAAUCGCAAUUCCAGCGGCUCAACCCCGACAAGGUCGAUAUCGACAUUACUGGUGCACAGAUGGUCUUGGUCAUGAAGCUCACAAGCUAUGCAUGGUCAUAUCGGGAUGGUAUCUUGUACAAAAAGGACCGAAACAGAUUCAACAGGGAGCUGAAUCAGUUCCAGAAGUCACGUGCCAUACUUUCGCAGCCUUCCUUGAUUUCCUACUUGGGAUACUCCUUCUUCUACGGCUCCAUUGUUACUGGUCCAUCGUUUGACUUUGCCGAUUACCACAGAUUUAUAUUGACGGACGUGUUUGACGACGUUCCGGCGGAAAAACGGCCUGGAAAACGAAGAAAGCGGAAAAUUCCGCACAGUGGCAAAGUUGCACUGCUAAAAGUGGUUCAGGGGCUUUUCUGGGCAGCACUAAUGUUUGUUCUGAGGCCGAGAUUCCCCACUGAGUACGAGGUGACAGGUGAAUUUCGCCAUGAACGUUCAUUUUUGUACAGAAUAUGCUACAUGUGGGUUGUUAGCUUUGUGUUCAGGUUGAAGUACUAUGCAGCAUGGACGAUUAGCGAGGCAUCGUGCAUUGUUGCAGGUCUUGGAUACAAUGGAUAUGACCCCGUGAAGAAGAAGAUGUACUGGAAUAGAGUGCAAAAUAUCGACCCGAAGGCUUUUGAAACGGGCCAAAAUAUCCACGACUGCUUAGAGGCUUGGAAUAUGAACACAAACAAGUGGUUAAAGAACUUCGUCUACUUAAGAUGCUGUAACAUUGAUCGUGAAACCGGCAAACCUAGCCGGGGUGUUCUCCCCACUUUUGCAACGUUUGCAACUUCAGCAUUUUGGCAUGGAACUAUGCCAGGUUACUACAUGACAUUUAUAGCUGGAGCCAUCAUUCAAACUGUUGGCCGUGUCUUCCGCCACAACUUGAGGCCGAUGUUUAUUUCCAAAGAUGGUAGCAACGUGUCUACUUUCAAGAAAUUUUAUGAUUUGGUCUGCUGGGUAGUGACACAACUCAGUUUUGGCUACAUAGUGGGCCCCUUCCUCUUUCUGACCUUUAAGCGCUCGAUGCUUCUUUGGGCAGGCGUCUAUUUCUGGGUUCACGUUGGAUCGUUUACGGUUUUCUUCAUAUUCAACGGUCCAUAUGCAAAGCAGGUCAAGAUAUUCUUCCAGAAUCGUGCUUUACGCUCAACUGCACUACAGGAACCAGACCACGGCACAGAGAAGACCGAAUUGGAGGCAGAGAAGUCGGAAAAGGCCAAGGAUGACAUCCUUACACACUCAAACCAGAGCCUGGCAUCCUUGCCAACAUUUGACAAGCAAUCGGAGCUCCAUGACAGUGUUGGAGUUCUGGAUGUCGACAUGGAAAGUAAUAUUGACAGGAUAAAUGAAGAGUUCCAGGAGUGGAAAAGAGAGGCCACCAAGGGAAAGAAGGCGCAGCAGUUGACGAAUGAGGAGAUUGAGCAUCUUAAGGAGGGCUUGACGAAGCUUCAGGGUGAUUUGAACGAUUACAUUGGUUCAUUAGACACACUGAGCGAUUCGAAAAAGAAGAACGAUUGA